AUGGCCACUGAUUCAGCGCCAGCGUCCCUUCCUCCGGAGGCUAUCGAAUUCGCAGGGUGCAUGUACAACGCCGCACGAGCCGGAGAGAUUGAGAUAUUUCAACAGGCCUUACCAGCCGGUCUCCCUCCUAAUUUGACUAACGAAAAGGGGGACUCAAUUCUUAUGCUGGCAGCUUAUCAUGGGCACGCCGACCUCGUCAAACUUCUUAUUCAACAUGGAGCCGAUCCGAAUCGUAUUAACGAUAGGGGUCAAAGCCCCUUAGCGGGCGCCGUUUUUAAGAAGGAGGAUAGUGUGAUCGAGGCGCUAUUGGAAGGCGGUGCUGAUCCAGAGCAUGGUUCGCCGUCUGCACUUGCCUGUCUAGCCAUGUUUCAACUGGAGGGUCAGUGGGGAGACAAGUUUACAUCGGCUCCAGGGAGAGGGAAAGCUGGAAAGCCCGCAUCCUUACCCAAUACCGACGCCAACCAGGCAAGGUAAUGCUGUGGGCAAAUGAGGCUGUGGAAUUCUAUAGGACCUCUUAUGUCAGGCGAUACCCUAGGUGUAUUUCCAUGAAGGGGGUACUCUAAACAUUGAUGUUGUGUACCUAUCUAUAGCUUUAAAUAUCAACCACAAAAGCCUCAGAUCCUUCGAUAUUUUACGAUCACUAUUUACCUCAAGAUACUCGUACAACACAUAGUUACUCUUAACUAG